AUGAGUGUUUCUUCAGAAAUUAAAUAUCAAUUUGCAAGAACAAAAAUAUGUAAACAUUUUUUGGAAAAUAAAUGUUUAAAUAAGGAUAACUGUAAUUAUGCUCAUGUUCUAGAAGAAUUGAGACCACUACCUAAUUUAAUUAAUACAAAAUUAUGUAAAAGUUUAAAAAAAAAUGAAGUAUGCAAUAUUCCUAACUGUAAAUAUGCACAUAAAAUUGAACAUUUGCAACCAAGUACAAAUUUGUCUACUUAUAAAACUACCAUGUGUUACUUUUGGAAAAAGAAAAAAUGUAUGAAUGAAAGCAAGUGUAGAUUUGCACAUGGAAUAAAAGAAAUAAGACCUUUAAACAUAAAAAAAAAAACAGUUAAAGAAAAAAAUUUAUUAGAAUCAAAAGAAAAUGUAGAUUUAGAUACAGAUGAGUGUAUAAGAAAUCUUUUAUCUAAUGUUUUAUUUUUUGAAAAUUUAUCUACUAUUAAAAAGGAUCUUUUAAGUUCUGGUAAUGAUUUUUUAAAUAACUACAAAAAUUUUAAUUUAGAUAAUAGUGCUUUUUCCAUUUCAAGAGGAAAUAAUUAUUCCAAUUCAAACUACACUGAAAAAUCAGAACAUCAUAGUUUAGAUACGUUCUUUCUAGAAAGAAAUAUUCCUAAUUUGAAUUAUAUACCCAGUAAAAAAGAAAAUGAAAACCUUGAAUUGUUAUCUUUUAAUGAUGUAUCUACUACAGCAGAAUUAAACGAUGAUGAUUAUUUUAAUGAAUUAUAUAAGUGUAUAAAAAAGGAACUAUCUAAAAAUUAUGAAAACAUAUGUAGUUAUUAA